AUCUAGCGAUGUCUCCGAUUUAAACAUAUUUUUCCCUGUACAUACCCACAUUGCCAGCAGAACGUGGUAAACUGAGAAUCCUUUUCGUUACAUAAGCCUGUUAGUAUGACCAGCCAGAAGCAACCUACAGUGGAUAGCAAAUGACGUGCUACAAAAGUUUCAUGACAUAGCGAUACGAGUAUACCGUGCUACUGGAUAGUGAUAUGUUUUUACGGCCUUUAUUUUCCUCCCUCGAAAAUACAUAAAAGAGGAGACACGAAAUGAACAGCACGACAAUGUCGUUUCUGCGAGGGUUCCUGGGGAACCUGAAGAGCCCUCGCUUGGAACCUGAACCACACAAGGUUCUGGAGGUAAAGCCCGACGAAUAUGCAUUGUACAACAUCUUGGCUCGCGAGGAUGCUCUUAUCCUCUACCAGUGUGCCAUGGGUUCUUCCGUGGGAGCGGACUUCACCUCGUACGACAUCGUGUUGCACAAGGAAGUCACCCGCUCACCUCACGCCGCCUUCAGUGUACUGCGGACGAGGGACGCGACGGAAGCAGAAGACGGUUUCGUCCUCCUGAGAGACAAGCUCCCUCUGCUGGUUGAAUGUGUUCCUGAUGCCUGCACCAAGGACCUGAUCCAGGAGGUGGUGACCCUCAUAAGAGCAAACCCCUCUUGGAAUCUGGCCCAUGUUGCUGCCCAUCUCGCACUGGUCGACUGCUUCAAGAACCCCAAGGUGCUCCCGCUGAUCGGCGAAGCGACAUCAGACACCCGCGUGACGCCAUUACACGUGGCCGUGCGAGCUCAGAAGUUGGCUGCUGUGCAGGCCCUGAUGGCUACGGAUGUGCCUCUGGAUUUGGUGGACCAGAAUGGAGACACCAUUUACCACAUGGCUGCCAUAACCAACAAGGACAUCAUCAGGGCCCUCUCUGCGCGUCCUGCAUCCCCAGCAUCUAUCAACGAGGUCAACAGCGACGGCUACACUCCACUGCAGCUGGCCUGUCUCGCAGACAAGCCAGAGUGCGUGCGAGAGCUGCUUAAAGAGGGAGCAGACGUCAACUCUGCUUCCGUCAACCUCGAUCGAAACAUUGGGACAUUCCUAGGAAAAGACCACGUAGAGCAGAAUGUGCACAACUUCCAAAUUGACGACAUGAAAUUCGGUGGAACGCCCCUGCACUGGGCCAAGACAACGCAGUGCCUGGAGACGAUGAUAGAGCUGGGCUGUGACCUGGAUGCCAAGAACUUUCAGGGUAACACUGCACUGCACAUCAUGGUGGCCAGAAGCAGACUAUCCUGUGUCGUCAGCCUCCUGAGCCACGGAGCAGACGUCGACGCAGUUGGCAGCGAUGGUGACACACCGUUGCAUACAGCUGUGCGGGUUGCUGUGCCGUCGCAAGAAAAUUGGACAUCAUUCUUAGAACAGGCUCUUAAUACAAAGGCAACGAGCCCGAAGUUAAGACCUUCUAGGAGCGACGCGUCAGUGAUCCAGGCACUGAUAGUGUUCGGUGCAGACGUCAACCGUAUAAACGAGAAGAAUGAAACGCCGCGCCAUUUGGCAUCCACGUCGCGCAUGGGCAAGAGGGACCAGGUUAUAUAUACCCUGCACGCAGUUGGAGCUCACCGCUGCAGCGUCGGUCAAGGCUGUGCAAAUGGUUGCGCUCCCGACGGCACGUUCGACGGGACGGCCCCUGACAAACCAAAUUUCUUCAAUGCUCCUCGUUUAUACAACGACUUGCUGGGAAUGGCUGUCGUGAAGUCUGCACUAAGGAGACGUCGUGAAAACCCUCAGCAAAAGAAGCAGUCUGGGCGAGUGCUCUGCCUGGACGGUGGAGGCAUUCGUGGGCUCAUCAUCAUUCGGGAGCUCAUCUCCCUGGAGAUGGUGUUGGGGUGUCCCAUCAUGGAAUGUUUUGACUGGGUGGCCGGCACCAGCACAGGAGGGGUCCUCGCUCUGCUGUUGGCAUGCGGUAAAACACCACGAAGAUGUCUCCAACUCUAUUUUGGCCUCAAGGACAAGGUGUUCAUCGGCAGCCGACCGCACGACGCUGAUUCCCUGGAAAGGUUUCUUCAGCGUGAAAUGGGUGAAAACACGGUGAUGACCGACAUUACGCAUCCAAAGCUGAUCGUUACGGGUGUCAUGGCGGACAGACAUCCUGCUGCGCUACACCUGUUUCGAAACUAUGAUUCUCCAAAGACUAUAUUGGGGUGGGAGGAGAACAACUCAGAGUUUCCUGCACCUGCACCACCACACCCUUGUGAGCAAUUAGUGUGGCGAGCGGCGCGUGCGUCUGGAGCAGCCCCAACUUACUUCCGGCCCUUCGGACGGUUCCUGGACGGGGGCCUCAUUUCCAACAAUCCCACGCUGGACACCAUGACGGAGAUCAUCGAAUACAACGCGGCGCUCAAGGCUACGGGCCAGGAAGAACACGUAGAGCCGAUGGAAGUGAUUGUGUCGGUGGGUACGGGUAAAGUGCCGACGGUUCCAGUGACCGUGAUAGACAUGCUGCACAUGGGAACGGGCAUCCUGGGCGCUGCCAAGAUGGCCUUUGGAGCCAAGGCCCUGGGACAGCUGAUAGUGGACCAGGCGACCCAGGCCAACGGACGUCUGGUGGACCGUGCCCAAGCGUGGUGCAGUGCGAUAAACGUGCCCUACUUUCGCCUCAACGCUCCCAUCUCGGAGGACAUGUGCCUGAACGAGACGGACAAUCGGCUCUUGGUGCGCGUCCUCUGGGAGACCAUGGUCUACAUGCGCGGCAGCAGAGCAGAACUGGACGAACUGGCCGAACUCCUCAGACCCGUUAACCACGUCCCCCAUUAGCUCAGCAUCGUCACAUGGAGCACUGAAGACUACAUGCUUCAACGGAAGAGAGUGCGGAGCUUCUUCUUCUACUUCCCUUUAAUAGCGACGUUCCAAAGGGAGCGGGACCAAGCUGGUUGGUUCGUUGGUUCUACUAAGAGACAUCUCUUUCACCGCGGAGCAGAAAGUGGCGGCCCCCUAUCGUCAAGUGCGCCGCGACAGAAGACCACCCACCACACAUUUCUAGAAGACACCGCAUGAAUUCGUAGCCCGGCAGUAGCGAAGUCUCCUGUUCUUCAAAUUUAAAGGUUCCAGUGAGCAGUAAUGCCGUCCCAGCAUUUUUAAUGACCAUUUGGAAAAAUGAAUUUAGACAGACGUGUUCUUGACGACCUCAUCUCGUAGUAGUUUAGCGGAGCGGCGGCAUAUGUUCGCAUACCUGAGACCUUUUCUAGUCUACUUAUAUACUUACUACUUAGAAUUUUAAAAUUUCUAAUGCAGUGCCUGGUCACCAUUGCUCUGAGCAGCAUUUCUGCAAGCACGCUACGCUAAGGCUACCAGCAGCGUGUUACAUUUACUGUUGCAUUCAUGCAAUUUUAAUUAUUUAAGGCAUAGUUGUAAAGCAAUGUUUAUUUAUACAUAUUGUACAUGUUUACAAGCAUUUUGAGCGAAAUGUGUUGGCCAGCUUGCUUCAAUUUAUGCUGUGAUACCCUGCGUUGACGCUGGCUUCACCUUUGUCCCGUUACUUUUAUGUAAAAUAAAUAUUUUUCCCAAAUUCUUAAA